AUUUCUCAAAAUAAUUUGUUCCCUUCAAGUGAAACGUGCUUAAUAUAAUAUGUGAAGUUUGUUAAUUGCCUCUGACUCAAGCAAACAUGGCUUUAAAUCUAGAAAGCUGCGAUAGUUUGCCUCCUGACGAGGAACCCAAACUAAAGUACGAUCGAAUGGGAAAUGAUGUUCAAAACAUAUUGUUGAAAGACGCAGUGAACUGUAUUUGCGUGCACCCAAAGUUCAUAUGUCUGGGGACACAGUGGGGAGUGAUACACUUGCUGGACCACGAGGGUAAUACAGUGCCAAUUUCGCAAAGCGGAGAGCGGGAGCUGCAGGCGCACGCAAUAGCCGUGAACAGGAUAUCAGUGGAUCUAAAUGGCGACUACAUCGCCAGCUGCUCAGACGACGGCAAGGUGUUGGUUUACGGCCUCUAUUCGAACGACAACACUCACAACUUGUCUCUCGGGAGGGUGGUGAAAUCCAUCGCACUAGAUCCUUAUUAUUUUAAGUCGGGCUCGGGCAGGAGGUUUCUUACAGGUGACAACAAGUUAACACUUUAUGAAAAGACAUUCCUCAAUCGCCUGCGAAGUACUGUGCUAUGUGAGUGUGAAGGCUAUGUCCAAGCAAUGGCCUGGCAUGAGCGCUUUGUGGCAUGGGCCAGUGAAGUGGGUGUACGGGUGUAUGAUCUCUCUGCACGCUGCUCACUCGGCCUCAUCCAGUGGGAAAAAAGUCCCAACAGGUCCAUCGAGGAUUAUCGCUGUAACUUGCUAUGGUCUGCUCCAAAAACACUCAUGAUUGGCUGGGUGGAUACAAUCCGAAUUUGCAUUAUCAGGAAAAGGAGCCAAGUGGAGUUGCAAACACGAGAUGUAACAGAGUUUCUGGUUGACCCUAUAUACACUUUUCAAACAGAUUACUACAUUAGUGGUCUUGGUCCACUGGACAACCAGCUAGUAUUAUUAGGUGUUCCUAAAGAAAGAGACCCCGAAACACACAAAGCUCAACGGCCAGUGCUGACUGUGUCUGACUACAAGGAUUGUGAGUUUUGUGAAGUGUCUACAGACACACUCAAUAUCAGAGGUUACGAAGAAUACUCUUGUAAUGACUACUACUUAGACAUGCUCAUAGAAGAAAACAGAUUCUUUAUAGUCUCACCUAAAGAUAUAGUUGUGGCUAGCCCAUACGACAUUGAUGAUAGAGUGCACUGGCUCACUGAGCAUGGUAGGUAUGAAAAAGCAAUCACUGUGCUAGAGGAAGCUGGGGGCAAGACUGCAAAACACUCUGUAGUGGCUGUUGGUGAGCAAUACUUAGACCAUUUGUUGUCUGAGCAUAUGUACAAUGAGGCUGCCAUUCUCUGUGCCAGAGUGUGCAAGACUGACAAAACUCUAUGGGAGUCCCAAAUAAACAAAUUUGCAAGUGUUAAUCAACUCAGAGCAAUUAGCCAAUACGUGCCCAAGACUCCAGAGCAAGCCCUUAGCCCACAUGUAUAUGAGUUAAUUAUUUAUGAAUAUCUGAAAGUAGACCCACAAGGAUUUUUAAAAUUAAUUCAGGAUUGGAACCCUGCAUUAUACAAAACUGGUGUUAUAGUUAAGGAAGUUCUGGAGCACCUACUAACCACUGAAGUAGACAAGAGCAUCUAUCUCGAAGCAUUGGCAUUACUUUACUGUUAUCAGAAAAAAUAUGACAAAGCAUUGAAUGCAUAUUUGAAGCUGCAGCACAAAGAUGUAUUCAAGUUAAUCACUAAACACAACAUGUAUGAAGUCAUACAUGAUAAGAUACUAGAACUGAUGAUGCUUGAUUGUGACAAGGCAAUUAGUGUACUGCUUGAUAAAACCAAAGUCUCUAUUGAAGUUGUAGAGAAGCAGCUGGAAAAUCACGACAUGUUCAUGUUUAAAUAUCUUGAUGCAUACAGUAAGAUAGAACCAAAUGGAAAGUGUCAUGGGAAGCUUGUAAGACUCUAUGCCAAAUAUGCUAGAGAAAAAUUACUGCCAUUCUUAAAGUGCAGCGAUAACUAUCCCAUACAGGAGGCACUGGAUGUAUGCCAGAACAAUGAGUUCUACCCAGAAAUGGUAUUCCUUCUUGGACGUAUUGGAAACACAAGAGAAGCUUUGCAGAUAAUAAUAGAAAAACUAAAUGACAUAAACCAAGCCAUAAAUUUCUGCCAAGAACACAAUGACAAGGAACUUUGGACAGACUUGAUAAAACAGACAGUUGACAAGCCUGAGUAUGUAACGUUGCUGCUAAAAAGAAUUGGCAACUAUGUUGACCCGAGAAUGCUGAUACAGAACAUAAAGCCAGGCUGUGAAAUAAAAGACUUAAAGGAAUCUUUGGCUAAAAUGAUGUGUGAUUACCAUUUACAGUUGUCAGUUCAAGAGGCGUGCAAGGCAAUCACGCUGAAAAACUAUUUUGAAUUACAUAAAAAGUUAAUUAUUGGUCAGCAAAAAGGCAUCUCAGUCACAGAUGAUUUCUUGUGCUGUGUCUGCCAGAGGCGAAUUAUAAUUAGGGACUUGUCCAAUGCUUCCGACUUGAUAGUAUACAACUGCAGGCAUUCAUUCCACAUUGAGUGCCUGCCGGAGGGUGUGCACUGCACUAACUGCACCAUAUGCAGUGCAGUUAAGAUAUGACACUUGGGUCUCAAUUCAAUAUUUAGGUAGAUGCAUAUAAAAUAUUUUUUCAUUUGGAUAAACGUUGUUAUCAAAUUAACGUAAAUAUGUUAUCAAAUAUUCAUGGAUCACAUCAUUAAUAUUGUUAUGGUGCUUUAUAUAAUGAAGUCGCUUUAGUUUAUACAAUUUUCCUUGUAAUUAUAAUUCAUGCCUAUAAAUCACAUUGCCUAACACUGAUUUCCCCAUUUUUUUUAUUUUAUCUGUUUUUAUGCACACUGUGCAAUUUGCUUGUUUCAAAGUAAUGUGAGAGCGAGAAUUUACAUUGACGGUGACUGUGCAAAUGGCAUGUAAAUAUGUAUUUUUAUUAAAAAAGUGUAACCAUCAUUCUGACACGUCAUGACUUAAUAUUUAUACAAGUAUGAGUAAUAAUGAUAAUAAUGACUUUUUUACUUAGAGCAUUACAACACAGGUUAUAUCGGGAUCUAACCUAUGUUGAAUCUAGAAUAUUCUACGACCUU